CAUUUAAUAAACGAGUCGGGAUAAACAGGCUUCAAACGAAUUUUAAAGAAGCUGGACUCGAAUGGUUCAUGAACGACUAGUUCAUUUGCGGCCUUAAUGCAAUACGUCACAGAAACUUCUCCCGCGUCACAAAAUCACUGAUUAGGCAGUCGGAAGGUGGGAAUUCUCUCUCUCCAGAAAAAAAUCUAGGGUUUCUUCAAUCUGUACACAACAAUGGCGAUGAUGAUACAACAGAACCUACCAUUUCUUCUUCAACCUAUUUCUCCUUCUACAUCGUCCUCUCCCCGAUUAUUCCCAUCUAAACCUCUCUCCCUUCCUUCCCACCCCAUCACCACCGUCCGUUCCCCAAAAUCCAAGAAUCAAAUUCGGUCCACAAGAGCUGCUUCCACUUCUGGAUUCGGCGACAACAUCACUGAUGUUCUCGGUGAAGUUACCAUCUUUACUGCGACUGGUGAACCAGUCAUGUUCAGGGACCUCUGGGAUCAAAAAGAGGGAAUGGCUGUAGUUGCACUUUUGAGGCACUUUGGAUGCGUUUGCUGCUGGGAACUUGCUUCAGCUCUCAAAGAAUCAAAACCGAGAUUUGACUCAGCUGAUGUGAAGCUAAUUGCUGUUGGUGUUGGUACUCCUAACAAAGCUCGUAUUCUUGCCGAGCGGUUACCGUUUCCAUCAGAUUGCCUAUAUGCAGAUCCUGAUCGCAAGGCAUAUGAUGUCUUGGGCUUGUACUAUGGUAUCGGACGUACAUUUUUUAACCCAGCCAGUGCUAAAGUGUUCUCAAGAUUUGAGAAUAUUAAAAAAGCUCUAAAGAACUAUACAAUUGAAGCAACUCCGGAUGACAGGAGCAGUGUCUUACAACAGGGAGGCAUGUUGGUCUUUAAAGGGAAGCAAUUGUUGUAUGCAAGGAAAGACGAGGGAACUGGUGAUCAUGCCCCUUUAGACGAUAUCUUCAAUAUCUGCCGCAAAGCUUCGGUUGCUUGAACCUAUGCUUAAAUUUUUGGAUGUUAAAGGUGAUAUGUAACCUCCAUACCUGAUUGGCAUACAUAGCUUCUCUGGAAUUUGCUAAAUGUAUCAAGGUGAUCAACUGACUUGUGCUCAUAUAUUGUAGUAUAUCAUGUGUUUGUAUCUGCAUAGGUAAUCAAAUAGUGUGCUUGCUGUUGUGAAUAAGGGUAUCGUUGCAUUGUACAAAUCAAUGUAACAAAUUCAUUUUCCUACAAAUGAAUGAAGUCAGUUGAUGUA